CCUCUGCCGAGCAUUCGCUUUCACUUCUGCACAACACUUUGUGUUAUAAAUCCUUCCAUCUGUGCUCAGGGCCUCUUUCACUCCCGCUGAUCACUCUGUGUAAUUUUCAACUUGUCCUCCGGAAGUCUUUGUUUGACAGCCACACACCCACCCACCCGGCCAGCCAGCCAGCCAGCCAGCCAGCCAGCCAGCCAGCCCUUCUCCUUCCCUCACUCUCCUCCUCUCUGCCUCGACACUUUCAUAUUGCAUCUUCUCUCUCUCAUUUGCAUUUGUUCCGCUUCCUCAACAAGAGACGUGAAAGAGCUGUGAGAGAUUGGAGAGGAGCACAGAACGGCCUGGAUGACAGAACAGAUUUGAAAUGAGCACCGAGGAUGAGGCUGUUCGGAGUGGGAGACUUUCUCAGCUGAGGAUUGUUGCUGAUUGAAGUGCAAAGAAGGUAAUUAGAGACCUGGCACUGGUACAUCACGACAGCAGCAGGGUUACCAUGGAGACUGGCAAGCCAGGAUUGGCGAGUGCUCCGGUGCACAUCAGCUCCGUCGCAGCGCAGACACAGAAGAGCAUGGACAUCCAGGCCCCGCUGACGGCUGUUUACAUCCACGCGGUGCCCGCUCUGCAGGCGCAGCCUUACCCCCCCCAGCCGCCCGCGGCCGCCCGGGAGCCAGCCACGUUCCAUCUGGCCAUGCCGCCGCUUUACUCCAAGGAGACGCUUCCCUUUCUGACACUCCACAUUGCUGGUGGAUUGCAGUGUCAGCCGGGGUUCAGUCUGGCAGCUGCUGCCGCUCCUGCAGCCAGACCCAAGUCGGCAGGGAAGCACGUGUGUCCUCACUGUGGACGGGACUGUAUGAAGCCCAGCGUGCUGGAGAAGCAUCUCCGCUGCCACACCGGGGAGCGGCCUUACCCCUGCGUCACCUGUGGAGUUUCUUUCAAGACUCAGAGCAACCUCUACAAACACAGGCGUACUCAGGCUCACGCCCGCCUCUCGUCCGAGUCGGAGCUGAGCAGCCUAGACAGCAUGUCCAGCUCCAGAGACACUUGUGCCUCCGGUUUGUCUCUGGAUGAGUCGGGCAGCGUGGAAAAGGAUGCCACGCUACCUGCUGCUGAUAUCACCUGUCCAACCAGUACCACCAAGGUCUACUCUGUAAGGACGCAUGGUUCUGUCAGUGAACAGAACGCGUUGACCCCUGCAGGUCAGGAGACAGAAGCAAGUGCAAAGGUGACAACAGAAGGAGAAAAAAGCGAAACACCUCCGGCAACUGCCAGUCGACAUCUUCCACUCCAGAGACAAGAAGCAACUCUGUUCUCCAAGCAGUGGGAGAGCUCAGUGUCCAGAGGGAAAUCACAGAGCCACGAGAGCACAGACUCGGGCUUCAGUGAGAGCAGCGACCACUACCCGAGCCCCGGCAGCGUUUUACCCGACCACAGUAUGGAUUCCCUCACCGAAUCCACUAAGGAGCAUCUGGAAGACACACCUUCAGGACCAGGCCAGGAACCCAAAUCCACUGCAAGGGAGCAGGAGCAGAAGACGCUGGAGGAGCGCAUAUCCAAGCUGAUUUCAGAGAACACAGCUGUUGUGGAGGACAAACAGCUGGAGAACGUGAGGCCGCGGAAGACGGUUCUGUCGAAGCAGGGUAGCAUUGACCUCCCCAUGCCGUACACGUACAAGGACUCCUUUCAGUUUGACAUGAGGAACAAUAAGACUCCGAGUGUUGGGUUACAAAGAAACAGGAAGGACUUGUACAGCUCUGUGCCCACCCAGCGAUCCAACACCGUGGAGCACGCCCCCCUGACCCGCAGCAACUCCCUCCCUUUCAGCGUCACCCUCCUGCAGCCCGAGAGGAGCAGCCCAACCUCUCCCUAUCAGAGCGAUUAUGAAACGCUGGUCCGGAGGGGAAGCUCUGGCCAGAUCAAUCCAACAGGUUUCGCAAUGAAACCCGUGAACCAGCAUUCAUCCCCCCACCGCCCACUGGUCCGGCAGACAGCCGUAGACGGCAACCACGCAACAGACGGUCUCCUCAUGAAUUCAUCUGUGGAGGAGGCGUGCAGCAGCUUCAGCUGCGACGGGGAUGGUGGCGACAUUUCUGGAGAGCCAAGCAACAGAAAGUUUCGGAGGAAAAAAGCACAAAAGUUUGCCUACAACAAGUGGUACAUGUACGGAGGAGGGACAUUUAAGAAGCUCUACGGUGAUGAGAAAGGUGGCGACGACGGUGGCGGCAAAGGCAGGAAAUGUACGACAAACCCAGAGCACGAGGUGGUCCAGGGCCUGCCGAGGAGGUCGUCAGCGGUUCAUAAGGAGGCGGUGACGACAACAAUAAACUUCCCAAGCAGCAGCAGUGCAGCGGUGGGCCAUCCAGGCUGCCCUCCUGCCAAACUCUCCCUCGUCUCUGCUGUUGAUUUGAAUCUAAAAACUAGCAAGACUCCACUUCAGAGAAACCCGUCUUUGUCAGUACUGCCAUUGUCUUCACUUGGAUCAUUGGUUAGCCAGCAGACAGACAGCAUGAGCAGAGCAGAAGCAGCGAGGAUGAUUGAUGAAGAAAAACACUCCAGCUCGCAGCUCUGCGGAGCCCACAUUCCCUCCGACAGGAAAAAACAGAAAACUGAUGAUAAAAUAAUUUGCCCUCUGGGGAUGGAAACCGACCCAAACACUCCGACUCAUCCCCGUCCGUCUGUCGCUGGCAGCGCGCCUCAGCAGGACACAAAUCUCACUUAUAUCAACCUUCAAAAUAAUCCCAAACACACUCAGCUCCAAGCAGCUCUCUUCCCAACGUGCAUAAUCAAUGCAAACACACCGUCUGUUAGUUGCUCGCCAGCCACUUCCACACCCUCCACUGCCAAGGCCAGCUUCCUGCCCAAGUACCAGCUCAAGUUACCCAACGCUGCUGAGCCUGAUUCACCGCAUGUUGUGGAUAAACCGACAGGAACUGAUGGCCGCUCUUCUCACACUGAGCAAACCUCCCCCUUGGUCAAAAGUUCAGACAAGAAAUGUGGCGAUCCCAUCACCUCACCGUCUUGUGAUAUUAAAGACACUUUCAGCUCCACACACGAGCAGCUCCCCUCACCGUGCACGGCCACGACGCUUUGUCAGGCUGAAACAUCAAGACUUGCUCCGAAUGCAACAUGUAGUCUAACUGUAAUGCUCAAGCAGUUUGCAGCAACCACAGUCACCACAACCUGCCGACAAAAUGAUCAGGCAGGAUUGUGCAGCGCUUUGAUACAGCCCUCGAAAUCUGCAGGGGGCUCGGCGCCUGUGCAGCCGCCCCGACCUGUUGCACCCGUGGUUACGCACUUCUCUGCUACACCUACCAUAACCAGAGCAAACAAUCAGUCAUCUGCUGCUGCUGUUACAGCUUUCUCACAACCCUACCAUAACCACACACAACUCUCGUCAGCAUCAGAGCAGCUGAGCCUUGUAAACAGCUCAGUCGUACCGUGUCACAUUUCACCGUUUGACCAGAUGCAGCCAGAUGCUCAGAAUGUGUUUCACGUUCACACAGCAGACCUCCAGAUCUGCCUCCAGAUCAUAUCUGACGAGCAGCUGGCUCUCAUUGAACCCCAGAUCGAGAGGCACGCAGGUAGCGGCCUCUCGCAGCGGCGUGACGUGGACGCGUCGGCCCUGGAAGUGAUCCAGGAUAAAUCUGUCACUGAUGGAAGGGACCACCAACAGGAGGCGGACCAAAGCGAGACUUCUCCCACACUUAAACCUCCACCGUCUGUACAAUUUGGGAAGGCAGAGCCAAAUGUCCACCUGACUGAACUCAGUAAUUCCACUCAGGCUACAGCUGAAUCUACACCUCCCGAAGGCUCGUCACUACGCCCACACAAAUACGGCCAUGUAAACACGCUCGCUGUGACUCAGAGCUCUACGGGCGAUGUUAUGUCAGAUGAAGGAGUAAAGUCAGGAAGGAGCCAAACUUCAGAGGAGGAACGUGAACUGUCUCUGAACCGUUGUGCUGAAGACAGGAGUCAGGUCAGCCGGGCUGGACCGAUCUCUCAAACGCUCUCCGAGCUCAGCGUGACCUCGCUCUCUCCCAGCACAGCAAAUCACGACAGCGCGAGAGGCAAAAGACUGGGCAAAGAAAGCAAAGUUAAAAAUCAGGCAGCUCCGUGUAAUGCUGGCACAAUGGAAGCCGAAGCCUGUGGAGAAACACCCCCCCCUCCGCAGGUGGAGCUCGGUCAGGCCGAUGAAUUCUCUGGGUCUUCGUUUUCCAUCAAUAAAUGCAAACAGUUGAACCCACACGCGUCCAUCUGCUGCAGUAAUCCAGUGGAAUCUACAUCAUCGGAGGUUCUGGAGUCAUCUAAACAUGCAGACGUGGGAUGUGACACGGUGGGACCGCCAGACGAUUCGUCCCCGUCACAGGACACGACUCCAAGUGACUCGCCGGAUGUGAUCGGUUCAACCCACUCAGAAAAACAACAGUUUAUUUCAGAGUCUGCUAACGUCCCGGUAGAACGACCCGGAGACGUCCCGGCUACGAGCAUUCAGAGUCCGACCACAGAGCUCAUGGAGGGAUGUGCAGCCCAGAAGGAGCUGCAGACACCGGGACAUGGAGAGACCCCCGGGCGGCCCGACAGCACCGACUGGAGGUCAAAGCAGAGCCGAGAGGCGGGAAACACAAACCUCCAAUGUAUGGAGGGGCGAGGUGGUGGAGGUGGAGGGGAUCCGAGCGGAGGAAUCAGGACGGACGAGGUGCCGGGACGGCGGGACGAGGCCGAAUCUAACUGCACGAACACAAUGUGUUUACCAGAUAUGACGACGCCAGAGGGAGAAGACAGAACGGCAAACGUGGAUUCCUUUAAAAACUGUUGGCUAUCUGAGCAUCAUCUUCAGCAUCCGUCACAGACGCACUCAGGCAUGUCUGAAUACCCCCCACAGAGCCCUCAGCCAACUCCGAGCACCUCAAACCACCUCAACUCCUCCGCCGGCUGCAGCCAGACCAGCCUGGAGAUGAACAACUUCUAUUUCUCUCAACAGCACUGGGAGAACAGCAGCAGCAGCAGCAGCAGCUUCCAUAACCAACAAACUCACAUCUUAUGUGACUCUCAUUCAAGUAAGCGUAUCACAGCACCGGCCCAGUUAACAGAAACACAACAUACUUUUUCACAGCUUCAGUCCAGCUCUCAGCAAACAUUCCCACAUCAGGACCAAAAGCAACAUGCUGCUGCAGGGAGCAACAUCCCAGCAGUGAGCUGUUGUAGUGCUUUAACAUGUGGCAGCCCUGAUCAGGUCAACACAUCGCCCUCCGCUCACCCCGGCCACCUCUCUUGUUCUGUUCACGUCAGUAGAGCUGCUGCCGGAUCGACAGCGUUGGAUAAUAAUACUGCGCCGCCACUGGAGCCUUUUACGUACCCAGAACCUGGUGACUAUCAGGACACCAAGGACAAGGCACCAAAUGACUUCAACAAAUACCAGUCUUUCUUCCUGUCUGGCCAGCUGCACGGCUACCAGCCGGCCGAGUGUCUGCCCGCUGGAGUACGGCCGGUGGUGCAAAGCUGCCAGGACUACACGGAAGACACCAGCAGUAGUGACGACGAAGGAAAGCUCAUCAUCGAGCUUUAGGGGAACACGCACACACAUAAGCUAUUUGGAGUUCUAUCUGCUGCAGAUACUUUUUUUUAAUGCAGAACCACAUGUGUUAACUCAAAAUAAGUCAAAAUAUGAGUACAAAAUUAACUGUUUUCAUUAUGCAUAACUCAUUUUUAAAAGGUCAGUAGGGAACUUUGCAUGAAAAGUGUAGGUCAAGUGUAAGCUAAUGCUGCAUUCAUGUCCUAUUGUACCACCAAGUGUAAUUACAAGCUGCCAAGUAGGAAAAAAAACACUCAGGUCAGCCUCUUCCCAGUGUGAAUGUCAGGAAUUUACAGAUCUGAUAUCUCCCACAUGGCAACAAAAGCCACAAGAAAUCACUGAAGCCAUCACCAAACAGCUGCAAAGCAGUCACAAACAAAGAAAAGCAAAUAAACUCUGAAAAAAAGUAAGGAAAUUAGCAUUUGGUGGAUCAUCUCUCAUUGUAUUUUACAUCGUUGGAAAGCCUGUUUAUUUACCUUCACAAUGAUGCUCAUCCCACAAAUGCAUGAUCCUUACAAGUUGGACAUCAUUGUGAAGGUAAAUAAACAGGCUUUCCAACGAUGUAAAAUACAAUGACCAUUAGCAUUGAUACAACAGAGAAAUAAUCCACCAAACACAAGUUUACAAACUUUUUUUCCCGAGUUUAUUAAGACAAAUGCAG